GUGAAUGCCAUUAAGCUACUUUAACUUCUUUUCAUAGUCAGCCAAUUCUGUUUCCGCUCUGUUAGUAAUUUAGUUAUAAAUAGGUUUUAUUUGGUUAUUUAUCUGCAUAGUGGGUUGAACGAAAUGUCAUCCAACAGCGAAGCAAGUGGCUCACAACAAACAAGCGACCCAAAUAGGCGACAAGAAAAUGGAAGUGGCGAUUGCAGGAAAAUUGCUUUGAUAACCGGCAUAACUGGGCAGGACGGCUCGUAUUUGGCGGAGUUUCUUUUAAAGAAAAACUAUGAAGUCCAUGGCAUUAUUCGCCGUGCUAGUACUUUUAACACUUCUCGUAUUGAGCAUCUUUAUGCCAACCCUGUAGCACAUCAAGGAGGGAAAAUGAAACUACAUUAUGGUGACAUGACAGACAGCAGUAGUUUGGUGAAGAUCAUCAGCAUGGUAAAGCCAACCGAAAUUUAUAAUUUAGCUGCACAAUCUCAUGUAAAAGUGUCCUUCGAUUUGAGUGAAUAUACUGCCGAAGUAGACGCUGUGGGGACAUUACGAAUUCUAGAUGCUGUUCGUACAUGUGGCAUGGAAAAAACUGUACGAUUCUAUCAGGCUUCUACAUCAGAGUUGUACGGAAAGGUGGUAGAGACACCACAAAACGAGAAAACACCGUUUUACCCUCGGUCACCUUACGCUUGCGCCAAGAUGUACGGCUUUUGGAUUGUUAUUAACUAUCGUGAAGCAUAUAAUAUGUAUGCCUGUAAUGGCAUAUUGUUCAAUCACGAAUCCCCACGUCGUGGUGAAAAUUUCGUGACACGCAAAAUAACGCGUUCCGUAGCGAAAAUAUUUCAUCAACAAUUGGAAUCUUUCGAAUUGGGUAAUCUUGACUCGAAACGUGAUUGGGGUCACGCAAUGGAUUACGUGGAGGCCAUGUGGAUGAUGUUGCAAUUGGAAAAGCCUGCUGAUUUUGUGAUUGCCACCGGUGAAACGCACAGCGUUCGUGAAUUUGUCGAAGAGUCUUUCAAAUUCAUUGGCCGAGAAAUAGUUUGGCAAGGCGAGGGAGUUGAUGAAGUGGGUAUCGAAAAGGAUACCGGCGUUGUGCGUGUACGUAUUAAUCCGAAGUAUUUCCGUCCAACAGAGGUGGAUUUGUUACUAGGUGAUUCGAGUAAAGCCCGUCAAGAGCUUAAAUGGUCACCUAAGGUUACAUUUAAAGAAUUAAUUAAGGACAUGAUGGAAGCGGAUAUUGAACUUAUGAAAAGGAAUCCAAUUGCCUAAACUAGUGAUUGCUUCCUAAGUGUGAUUUAUUUGUGACUUU